UAGCAGAAAUCAAAACAGUAAUGAUGUCCGCGAAAAAAGAAAGCACGGAGGUUAAUGCAGCCGUAGAACGCCUUUUGGAAUUGGCUGAUCGCAUGAGGGGUGAGGAUUUUGGAUUCAAUGAAAAAGACAUACAGAAUAUUGAUGGAGUUAUAGAAGCAGUUCAUUCAUUAGAGUCUGAACGAACCAGAGUCCAUGACAUACUUGAAACAGAAACAAUUCAUGCCAGUAUCCUACGCCACAAACUUCAGUUCUUGCCAGGGGAAAUAAAGAAAGAAAUAAAAGCUGCUGUUGAGUCAGCCAGACAGUCCAAUGCUGAUGUCCUACGGAAGUUACAGCAGCAGUUGGAUGAAAUCAACCAAAACACUGUUUAUCUUGAAAAAAGACAACAAGAACUGGAUAAAGAAAAUGCCAUUUUACAUCCACAGAGAGAGCUUGUCAAAGAGCAACAUGAGCAAAUUAUUUCACAGCUCAACCAGCGUAUGGCUGAAAAAGCCAGCUUACAGAUUACCUUGAAUGAAACAAGAGAUAAAGUGAGACAGACAAACCAGGAUAUUGUUGACCUUGAAGAUGGCAUCUUACAACUGAAAGAGGAUCUGAUUGUUGAGAGGAAAGAGGCAAGGACAGAAAAGAAGAAAUUAAAAAGGGCUGUGACUGACACAGCAGAAAAGACAAAAGACCAAAAAGUACUGAACAUUGUGAAGAAGAAGGAACUUGAUGUUGUCCACGAACAGUUGCUGGACAGUGAAGGGAAACUUGAAGCCAUAAGAAAGGAUCUUCGAAAAUAUGAGACAUCAAAAGCCAAACUGGAAGGGCAGGAGAGAGCAUUGAAUGCUCAGCUACAGAAACAACUCAAAAUGAAUGGUGAACUUCGGAACAAGGGCAAUGCAAUAAUCAAAGAAGACAUGCAAUCUCAGAAAGAUUUUGAAGAUACUGAAAAACAAUUACGAAAUAAGUUGGAAAAGAUGAAAUAUGAAAUAGAGAGAGAAGAACACAAGAGUAUGGAGCUGCAGGGACAGAAGAUGGAGUUACAUUUAGACUUGGAACAGAAGGUGAAAGUAAGACAAAUAGAUGCAGAACGUGUCUCUGACCUUAAUGAUGAUCUGCAGGCUGAGAAGCGAGCGCUCGCCUUGAAGGCAGAGGAGAUGGGUAGGAUGCAGGCAGAAAAUGUAGAGAUGCAUGACCAGAUAGAAAACCUAGAUGAGUCCCACAAGGCAGUGAUGGCUCAGCUAAACAAACAGAUAGAAGACUACCGAGAACAGCUUGGAAAGGAGCGUAAAGAAAGGAUCAUUGUGCAGGAGCAGAAAAACAAUGUGUCCAAGAAAGUGGAGGAUUUCAAAGUGGACAACCAAAAAUAUCUUAGUGACAUGAAUAAAAAGAUACAGGAGGGUAAAGUCCGCCAUGUUGAUCUCUCUAACGAAGGAGCUAAUCUACAGCGAGAGCUGAAGCUAGAUGAAGAAGAAAUCUCCAAUCUGUCUAGUGACCUUAGUGAUGUUCAAAGCCGUUAUGAGACAAUGUACACCAGCAUGCAGGGUCGCAUUGAAAUGAUGGAGUGGCAAAUUGUGGAGUAUGAACGUGCAAUUGUGGAGAAGAAGAAGAAAAUUGAAGAGCAGACACCAAUAUUUCACGAUUUAGAAAAAUUGUUUGAAGAGAGAACUAAUGCUUAUGAUGAACUGAAAAGGGGCAUAGCUAAGAUGCGCCAGAAGAAAAGUGCUCUAGACGAACAGAUCCGCAAAACCUUAGACGCUAAGGACAAUCUUGUUGGACCUCGGGAAAAACUGAAAGAGUCCUUAAGAAACAAACGAAUGGAAUCAAUAGAGCAACUGAAAAAGCAUGGAGAGGAGAGACAAAGAAUGGAGAGAGAGAUCUAUCAGGCGGGAUGUAAACUGAAAACGAUAAUUGAGGAGAACAAAAAGAUUGAAGAUGGAUGUGACAAAUAUCAAGCUGAAAUGGACGAACUUCAGAAACAAAUGGAUGAAGAUGAACAUGUGAAAGAAACUCUUCAAGUGACCCUAGAUGAAGUAAAAGUGGGUCUCAUUGAAAGCUGGCAGAGUGACAGAGAUAUGGAGGAGAGGUACACACAGCGUGACCAGUUAAUUGUGGAUGACCUUGGCAAGUUGAUGCACAAGACCGAAAAACGAAGUGAAAAAAUCAGUGAGAUUUCAGAUAAUUUACAGGGAGAGUUGGCAAUGUUGGCCGGAUUUCUGGAAAAUCUAGCAACACGUAGGCCAAGAGACACUCCCGUAAGCAGAACAAGGUCUUCACGAUCAAUCCAUCUCGCAAGGCAAAAAACUGAACUAUCCACACAAAUGAAUACUCCAGUACCGCCAAUAUCACCAUCACCAAAGAAAAAGGACAUUCAGUCUCCUAGACCUGAUGGUCGUAGGUCUCAACAGGGAGCAAAAAGUGGCAAAGCUUCUCGACAAAUAAGCGCUAGAAGCGUGGUAGUGAUGGAAGCAUGACACAAAUAAGUUGUUAUAAAAUGUUAUUUAUGAACAUUGUACACAAAUUCACUGUGAUAUU